AUGAGUAAUACUGUUGAAGUCGAAGUACAAGAUGAAGAUGAAACUAUGGAUAAUGCCAAUGAUAUUAUAGUUGGAGAUCAAGAUGAUGAUGAUGCAGUUAAUCAAAUAAAAUCGAAUGUACGUCGUCGAAAAGGUCGUGGUUUUAAUGAACAAAGUGAUCGUUUAGCAAUGCAAACAGGUGAUUAUGAUACAGUUACAAGCGAUAAUGAUAGUGGAAAUCCUGGUCCAGCAAGAUCUGUUGAAGGAUGGAUUUUAUUUAUAACAAAUGUUCAUGAAGAAGCACAAGAAGAUAAUAUGUAUGAUCUUUUUCGUGAAUAUGGAAAUAUAAAAAAUAUGCAUUUAAAUUUGGAUCGAAGAACUGGUUAUGCUAAAGGAUAUGCACUUGUAGAAUAUGAAACAUUUAAAGAAGCUAAAGAAGCUUUAGAAGCUAUUAAUGGACAAGAUUUACUUGGUCAUACACUUCAUGUUGAUUGGGCGUUUGUUAAAGGCGCACUUAAAAAACGUGGAUCAGGUAAUACUAGUAGUACACGUAAAACAACAACUGGAACUGGACGAACGACUUAUCAACGACGUUAG